GGCGCACCGCCCUUCCGUUCCCACCCAAUCGGGUGUCGAGUUACCUCAGAGCACUUUUUUCUCCGCCGCGGCCUGCCUAAAGCUUUGAGGCAGAGAUGGCAGGCCGGUGGCGGUUGGCGGGCGGCUCGGCGCCCUUGCUGCUACUCCCAACACUACUGCUGCUAUGGCGCGCGGAGACGGCGCAUAUUAAGAAAGCAGAAGCCGCGGUUUCCGCGACAACGGCGAACGCGUCAUUGGCCGGAGCGGCUCCGGCGAUGCACUACAUGGACGAGGCCGAGCUGGCGUCAUCGCUGAGGUCGCUGGCGGAGAACGAGGCUCCGCCGGGCUUGGCGCGGCUCUUCUCCAUCGGCCGCUCGGGAGAGGGGCGGGAGCUGUGGGUGCUGCGCCUCAGCGCCAACCUGCCGGAGGUCGAGGCGGGUCCCGAUGCCGACCCCGGGGGGCCGCCCAUCGCCGGCCGCCCUCAAGUGAAACUGGUGGCCAACAUGCACGGCGAUGAGACGCUGGGCCGGGCCCUCCUCGUCCGCCUGGCCCGCGAGCUGGUGUCCGGCUGGCUGCAGGGAGACCCCCGCCUGCGCCGCCUCCUCAACGGCACCGACCUCUACCUCAUGCCUAGCCUCAACCCCGAUGGCUUCGCGCGCGCCACUGAAGGGGACUGCGCAGGCGCCGGCGGCAAGGGCCAGGCAGGGACGGGCAGCGGGCGAGAGAACGCUCAAGGCAGGGACCUCAACCGCAGCUUCCCUGACCAGUUCGGGAGCGCGCAGCAGCCGGAUCUGGCCGCUGUCCCCGAAGUGCGCGCGCUCAUGGAAUGGAUGCGGCGCAACAGGUUUGUGCUUUCUGCAAACCUGCACGGGGGCUCCGUUGUUGCAAGCUAUCCAUAUGAUGACUCUGCGGUGCACCAGAGGUCUGGGUUGUAUAGCAGAUCUGCUGAUGACGAAGUCUUCAAGUACUUGGCCAAAGCUUAUGCAUCAAACCACCCCAUAAUGAAAACUGGCACCCCAAACUGCCCUGGAGAGGAGAAAGAAGUUUUUGAAGGAGGCAUCACUAACGGUGCUCAGUGGUAUGAUGUGGAAGGUGGCAUGCAGGAUUAUAACUAUUUGUGGGCCAACUGCUUUGAGGUCACCUUCGAGCUUUCCUGCUGCAAAUACCCACCAGCAUCGCAGCUUGAGCUGGAGUGGGAAAAUAACCGGGAAUCUCUUCUCAGCUUUAUUGAAAAAGUCCACAUUGGGAUCGAAGGGUUUGUCCGGGAUUCGGUCACUCAGGCUGGCUUGGAAAAUGCGACUAUUGCCGUGGCUGGGAUUGCUCAUAACAUCAGAACUGGUCGUUUUGGUGAUUAUCACAGAUUGCUGGUUCCCGGAACCUACAACAUCACGGCAGCUGUUGUGGGUUACCUGCCAGUCACCAGAGUAAAUGUUGAGGUGAAGGAGGGGAAUGCAACUGUGGUGGACUUCUCCUUGGAACCUACAAUAGCAGUGGCGAUCUCCGACCCUACCCAGGACACACCAGUAACUGCCACAGACUCUGCUCCCAAUGCCACCGAUGUGACUAGUACAGAAAUGCCAACCACUACCCAUCAAGCGAUCCAGCCAAAGGACUUCCGUCACCAUCACUUCCCAGACAUGGAAAUCUUCCUGAGGAAGUAUGCCAACGAGUACCCAAGCAUCACCCGCCUCUACUCAGUGGGCAAGUCGGUGGAGCAGAGGGAGCUGUAUGUAAUGGAGAUAUCAGACAACCCAGGCGUCCAUGAAUUAGGCGAACCAGAAUUCAAGUACAUUGGUAACAUGCAUGGCAAUGAGGUGGUGGGCCGAGAACUGCUCCUUAAUCUCAUUGAGUACCUCUGCAAGAACUAUGGAACUGAUCCUGAAGUAACAGACUUGGUUCAAAAGACUCGAAUCCACAUCAUUCCCUCCAUGAACCCUGAUGGCUAUGAGAAAUCUCAAGAAGGAGACAGACAGGGAACUCUUGGCAGAAAUAACAGCAACAAUUAUGACCUAAACAGGAAUUUCCCAGAUCAGUUUUUCCAGAUUUCAGACCCUCUACAGCCAGAGACAAUGGCUGUCAUGAAUUGGCUGAAGACCUAUCCUUUUGUGCUGUCUGCAAACUUGCACGGAGGGUCUCUGGUCGUUAAUUACCCCUAUGAUGAUGACCAACAUGGCGUUGCUAUGUACAGUAAAUCCCCAGAUGAUGCCCUGUUCCAACAAAUAGCUCUUUCCUACUCCAAGGAAAAUGCACAAAUGUUCCAGGGUCACCCAUGUGCAGAUAUGUAUCCUGAUGAAUACUUCCCUCAUGGUAUCACUAAUGGAGCUCACUGGUAUAACGUUCCAGGUGGAAUGCAGGACUGGAAUUAUUUAAACACAAAUUGCUUUGAAUUGACCAUUGAGCUGGGCUGUGUCAAAUACCCCAAGGCAGAAGAGUUGCCCAGGUACUGGGAGCAAAAUCGCAGGUCUCUCCUGCAGUUCAUUAAGCAGGUUCACCGAGGUGUCAAAGGGUUUGUGUUGGAUGCCACAGAUGGACAGGGCAUCUUAAAUGCAACCAUCAGCGUUGCUAACAUCGAUCACCCUCUCUCUACUUAUUUGGGUGGGGACUAUUGGCGCCUGUUGGCCCAAGGCACUUACAAGAUCACAGCAUCUGCCCGAGGGUAUAAUUCGGAAACAAAGAUUGUGAAAGUAAGUGACAAAUCCGCAGUGCAAGUCAACUUCACUUUGACCCGGAAAGAUUCCAAAAUGGAGGAGGGGAAAAUGCCAGAUAUUAACAUGGCAGAUACCAGUGACCCAGUCACCAAGGAGUUUGAGAUGCUGAUCAAAAACCUCUCGGCUGAGAAUGGGCUAGAGCACCUCUUGCUGACUUCCACAGCAGAUGUUCUUCCUUAUCGGUAUCGACCAUACAAGGAUCUGUCCAUGUUUCUUCGAGGCCUGAACCUGAAUUACCCUCUGAUCACUAAUCUCACUAGUUUAGGCCAGAGCGUUGAGUUUCGCCAGAUCUGGUCCCUGGAAAUCUCGAACAAACCCAACCAAUCUGAACCGGACGAGCCAAAGAUCCGCUUUGUCGCUGGCAUCCACGGCAACGCUCCAGUUGGCACAGAACUACUUUUGGCGCUGGCAGAAUUCCUCUGCAUGAACUACAAAAAGAAUCUGGCUGUCACAAAGCUGAUCGACAAGACAAGAAUUGUGAUAGUGCCAUCCCUGAACCCAGAUGGGCGUGAGGUCGCUCAGGAGCGAGACUGCACUUCAAAGAUAGGGCAAACCAACGCACACGGCAAAGACUUGGAUACCGAUUUCACAAGUAAUUCCUCCCAGCAGUCUGGUGCCCGGGAACCAGAAACCAAGGCCAUCAUCGAGAACCUGAUAAUGAAGCAAGACUUCAGCCUCUCUGUCGCCUUGGAUGGAGGGUCCCUGCUUGUGACUUACCCCUACGACAAGCCAGUACAGACAGUUGAGAACAAAGAGACACUGAGACAUUUGGCAUCAUUGUAUGCAAACAACCAUCCCACAAUGUACCUUGGCCAGUCCAGCUGUCCAAACAAAUCAGAUGAGAACAUUCCAGGAGGAGUGAUGCUUGGGGCAGAGUGGCAUAGUCACUUGGGCAGCAUGAAGGAUUUCAGUGUUGCGUAUGGGCAUUGCCCAGAGAUCACAGUGUACACUGGCUGCUGUUACUUCCCAGGUGCAGGACAGCUCCCUACGCUGUGGGCAGAGAACAAGAAAUCUCUCCUUGCCAUGCUUGUCGAGGUUCACAAAGGAAUCUAUGGGCUGGUCCAAGACAGGCACGGAAGACCAGUUUCCAAAGUUGAAAUUGUGCUGAAUGAACGAGUGAAAGUCAGCCCCAAGGAAGGGGGCUAUUUCCAUGUGUUGCUGACUCCUGGAUAUCAUAACCUUCAUGCCAGAGCUGAUGGUUAUCAGCAGCAGCACAUCCAGGUCUUAGUUCACCAUGACGUUGCUACUUUUGUGCACAUCCAGUUCGAUAUGGACAACAGGAUUUUUGGUCUUCCCAGGGAGUUGGUGGUCACGGUAGCAGGUGCCACCAUGUCAGCUCUGCUCCUCACAGCCUGCAUCAUCUGGUGCGUCUGUUCCAUCAAGUCCAACCGGCACAAGGACGGCUUCCACCGCCUACGGCAGCACCACGACGAUUACGAGGACGAGAUCCGAAUGAUGUCCACGGGGUCAAAGAAGUCCCUUCUGAGCCACGAAUUCCAGGACGAAACGGACACUGAGGAGGAAACACUUUACUCCAGCAAACACUGACCCAUCUGCUGGCAGGGGAGGCUCCCUGCAGAGACAGACGCUGCUGCAACACUGAGCAUUACUCAAGCGACGGACCUAGAUCACGUGACCUCUGGAGCCAGGACCUCUGCAGAUCACUCUCAUUCCUAUUUAUGCACAAGGAAGCUCUGCCACUGGCAAUUUUUCCAGUGGAACUCUUGAACUGGGGCUCUCUCAGAGCUAGUAUCAGCAGCCUGGUUGCUCGCAGUCCACUCCAGGGAAGCAGAGCCGCUGCUGGUAGCCACCUUUGUAGCACUUCAGCUUUUUUUUUUUUGCCUAAGUGUCUGGGAAUGUUCACUCCUUGAGGGAAAUACGUUGUAGUGACCAUGAUUUCCUCUAAGCUGUUACAACAGCAGAAAGGUGGCUUCAGAACGUCUUUCACUUCUGCCUUUGUUCAAGUCCCGCAGUCUUGCUCCCUUCUUGGAAGCAUUGAAACAUCUCCUCCUAAUAAAAACUCUAGAUUAGAUAAUAUUGGCAGCUCACGGGCCACAAAGAAAACAGGACAGGAUUGUUGUAUCCAGAUGUGAGAAUCUCUGGUUGAGGCUGCGGCCUGUGCAAAAUAAAAACCAAUACGUUUGUUUUGUUUGAAUUCUCUUGCACAAAUAACUGCUUCGGAAUAUCUACGGUUUUCUACGUGAGAAUGUAGAAUAGCAAAAGAUGUACUUAACAGGAUAACUUCCGGUCUGUCUAACAUUGGCUCAUACCGUUACCAAGAGAUGGAUCUCCCAGACUGGUGCCAAAUUGGAUUUUUUUUUUUGUGGCCCGUUUUUUGGGGUCAGCCUUUUUGGGCAGCUGUAGUCUGGAAAUUCUUUUUAAAAAUGGCCUCCUAAUAAAUCAAUAUAUUAACCUAGACACUGUUUUGACGGUUCAUAGGGCCACUUUAAAAAAAUCUUCUCCCAUCAUCCUCUCGCCAGCCUGAGUUUGUUACUACAGAUUUUAGCUCUUCUGUUGACAUCUUGCUGUUGUUCUGUGUCCAAACCAUGCAGUGGUCCUAUUUUAGGAUAGAGACUUGUGUAGUGGUUUUUAUCGCAGGAUCUGAGGAACAUGUCUAGCCAAUUUUUCAAAGCACUUUGGUUUGGGGGGUGGGAAGAGUGAGAAGCUGUUGCGCAGUAGCUGCGUGUUGGGCCACAGAAUCUGUCUUAGAUCAGCUCUUCACCUGUGCCAUUAUAAAAAAAACAAACCAUAUUUUUACAAAUUUGUUUUAUUGAGGAGAAAACUGGGUUCAGUUGAGUGAAUUAUUAACCCUGGCAAGCAGUGAAGGUAAUUUGCUAAAGAAUGAGAAUUAGCUCUCGGAUAAUGGGAUUGGACUAAUUUCUCCAAAAUGCUAGCUGGCAAGAACGGAAGAUGCAACUGUCUUGCAUGUUGGUUUAUGACCAGAUAAUGGACUCCCCCCCCCCCCCCCGCCUUAGCAUAUGUUGGAUUGCUGUCUUUGGUUUUCUGUCCUCCCCACCCCCAAUAUAUGCUUGCAAAGGAUUUGUUCCUCAAAGAGCCUGAACUCUGCACAAAGCAAGCAUCUGUUUAUUGGCAUUUUGCAGCCUGUCUCUUGGGUCGGUGAUGGCGAAUACAUUUUACCUCCAUGUCAGAAUUAGAAACACAAAAGUGAGUUUUUCUGUGGUACCCCAAGCCUCAAACUACACUAUCUACCAAGAUGAUUCCCAGCUUGCCAAUAGUAUGAUUCUUUGAUGUGCCUUGGCAGCUUUAUUCUGUGGUUUAGGGGUUCUAAAAAAAAAUCCCCCCCCCCAAUAACCUUUAGUCUCCCUUCUGAAAUGUGAGAAAGGUUGGCUUUGUGGUAAAGGUUGAACGUGGGCUUUGAUUUCCAGCAGAUGCGAUAGAAUGAGUUUUCUACUGUGGCUGUCUGUCUACUUCUGGCACACAGUUAAACUGUAUUCCAGCCUCUGUUACUUUAAAAUGACUGAAUCAAUAUAGCGUGGGGCCAUUUUUAUGCAUUUUUAGAUCUACUCUGUUUCAUAGAUUUUGAGAGAGUGCAGUGUGAUUGAUGGUUACCAUAUUUGAUUUAGAUUAGCAAGACCUGGGUUCAGAAAUCCCUGCUUAGCCAUGAAGCUCAUUGGGCUAGUUGCUGUUCCACCCCCUAACCUACCUCACAAGUUGCUUUUGAGGCUAAAAUGAGGGGAAGGAAAUUCUAUGAACGCUUCCCUAAGAAGGACAGGAUAAAAAAUAACAAAGAUAAUAGGUCAUGUAAAUGAGGUAGGAAACCAAGUGCCUGAGCCUGUUAAGAACAGCUUGAGGUUAGACACAUUCAUCCCGUUGUGGGUUUCUGUGACAGUAUCCCAGUCAUAUUCUGCCUUAACUGAUCUUCAGGGUGUUCUUUUUAAAUAUCUGGAGGCAUGUAGGCUUUCUUUUAAAAUUAAAAAAAAAAGAAUGUUAGAUUACCAUUUCUGGACAUUUUCCCUCAACAUUUAUUCUUCUUGCCAUGUUCCAGGCCUUCGGGGUGAGGGUGGGGGUGGGGUAUGCAUUUCUAAUGCAUAUCAAGAUUUCCCCUCACCAUUUCCCCCCCAGCCUUCUUUAUCAAGCAAUAAGUGGUGGCUGAGCAUCACAAUGGCCCUUUCACCGGCUCAAGGAGCUUGUUCGAAAAUUGGCUAGUACUGCAACUUUGAGGCAAAUUCUGCCUUGCUUAAUGGGGAACCGGCAGCCUCCUUCCGGCAGCAAUUGAUAUAGUUUUUAGACUGAUGAAACGGCACCUGCCCAAGCUCUUUGCACCCGUUCCCACCUCAGCAUCUGCCAUCUCUGGCACCAAAGUGUCGCCUCCUGCAGCUGCUUUUACGUACCUUUGUCACUGAUCUUCGAUCCAUGCACAGUGUGCCUUUUGAAAACAGAUUUUGCAGGGAGGCGUUUGGACUGAGAAUGACACCCAGUUGGUGUAGUUGAUGACAACUUUGUAUCUUUUCCCACACUGACCGUCUCAUCUGCGUAUGUGUACAUUUUGUUUUAUGUGUACAUUGGGAUCUAAUAAUCUGUAUAAAACUAUUUUACGAUG